GUGGGGGGUGUGCACCUUUUUGUUUCUUCAUUACAUCAAAAUCUCUCUCUCUCUCUCUCUCUCUCUCUCCAGCACCAACUGCUUCACAGUUUGCUCUUCAUUAAACUUCAACAUGCCCAGGUUCUCAGCCAGAGAGUUCAAGUUUAUCGCAGAUGUGGUAAUUAGAAAACCCUUCAGAUUUUACUCAACGCAAGGACAAUGGAGAAAGCUUGAAGGCAAAGUAGCCCUAAUAACUGGAGGUGCAAAUGGGCUGGGGUUGGCUACAGCCCAUGAGUUCAUAAGACAUGGAGCCCAAGUCAUCAUUGCUGACAUUGACUCUCAGAUUGGCCCAGAAGCGGCAAAUGAGCUGGGCCAUGCAGCCCACUUUGUUCAUUGUGAUGUGACAGUAGAGGCCCAAGUAGAAGAAGUUGUAAACACAGCCGUGGCCCGUCAUGGGAGACUUGACAUAAUGUACAACAACGUAGGAAUCCCAGGACCGAUUUUCCCACCAAGCAUUACUGAUCUUGAUCUGGACGUCUUCGAUCGGGUCAUGCGGGUCAACGUUCGGGGCAUGAUCGCCGGAAUAAAGCACGCGUCACGGGUGAUGAUAAGCGCCGGCUCUGGGUCCAUUCUUUGCACAUCUAGCAUUAGUGGGCUCAUUGGUGGGCUGGGCCAACACUCUUACUCAGUAUCAAAGUCCACAAUUCCCGGGAUGGUAAAGGCCAUCGCAAGUGAGCUCUGUCAACAUGGGGUUCGGAUCAACUGCAUUUCUCCAGGCCCAAUUGCAACUCCUCUCGCCGUGGGCCAAAUAGCCCAACUAUAUCCGGGUGUUGACCGAGAAAGGGUGAUUGAGAUUAUUGAAGGGCUAAGUGAGCUUAAAGGGGCUACGUGUGAAGAAAUUGAUGUGGCCAAGGCUGCCUUGUAUUUAGCAUCAGAUGAGGCCAAAUAUGUAACUGGUCAUAACCUGGUCGUUGAUGGAGGGUUCACCUGCUUUAAGAGUCUCGGGCUCCCUUCUCCUGAUCAAGUUGUGUAAUAUUGUCUUUUGCAUGAGAAUAAAACUCGGACAUCAUCAAGCAAUGUCAUGUGAGAUAUGCACAUGUGUUGGAUUGAAACAUCAAUUGCAUGAUGGAGGAAUUAUUUUUCUUUUUUA